GCUCCAGUUUUGAGUUCUUGAAUUGACCCUUUUUUUCAAACUUCUACAGUAUUUGAGUGGAGGUCAAAGGUUGUGCGUGUCAUGACCCCACGGGAGCAGCUGAGGAAGAUGACAGCGAUGGGAGAGCAGGGAUCUUUGGAUGAGAAGCACUGGUACCGCCUGGUCAAUGGCAUGUCGGCUGGAGAGCUGAGGCAGAGACAAGAGCUGAUAAUGAGGAACCAGAUGGCCAUGGCUCCACAGAUCCUUGCCCAGGGGCAGCAGAGGUUACAGGGGGUGCCAGCACAGUUCGAACCUCGCUUCAUGGAGAGGGAGCUGGUUCCCCCGACUGAGAUGGUAUCCUCAGAUGGCAGACAGAUGCACAUGGGACCUCACCUGGGUCCACCUCUGCCCCCACAUGCCAAUGUCAUGCCUGGGAGAGCGUUCCCUGGAGCAGGUGGCUAUGGCUUUAUGUCCUCGGAGCCCAUGGAAACAGUUGCCCGGCGACAGGAGCUCAUUCACAAGCAAAAUAUAGCCAGAAUGGAGAUGAAUGCCAUCCUGCAUCAGAAGGAGCUGGAGAACGCCCACCAGAAGGGACUCAUGGGAAUUGAUAGUUCCAUGUCAUACCCUUCCAACCCCAUGGCGUUCAGAGGUCGUCAACGCAUGCCAGACGGCCACGAUGUCUUCGUCCACCGCCCCACCCUGGAUGAACUGCACUCCAACAGCAUACUCAUGUCAGCCAGCCCUUACCCACCCAUCAGCACGCUGCACAGAGAGAGGGGGCGAAGGGCCGGUAGGAGGCCGACCGUUCACAAGAGCGUGGAGAGCCAUGUGGUCAACCUGAAGGGCCAGAAUGAAGAUAAAAGUGUAGAGCAAAGCCCGGGAGCCACAUCAGGGGAGGAGAAAGAAGUGGAGGCAAAGGGGGACAUGGGAGAGGAGUGUGCCACCAGUAAGACCCAUCAUCAAGCAAAAAUAGACUCUGAGCUCGCCACAGGAAGCAGGAAGAACUACAAAGAGGGGGAGCCAGGCCUGCGUAAAGCCUGUGUGAACAGUCAAGAUGGGUGCUCAGAUGUGGCCAACAGCGGUACAAAUGAUAAAGACAUAUCCAACCAAUGUUCAGCUUUCCAGGAGAAAUUCAUGUAUCCCUCUGCUGGUGGAGCCCUCACAGGGAUGCCUUACAUGUUCCCAGUCCCUGGAAAUGGUUUUCUUCCCCCUGGUCCGCCCAAUCUCUUUCAUAAUGGUGAGGAGGUGUCCGAAGACAUCAGGAAGUGGACAGUGAAUGAUGUUUACAACUUUAUCAACAGUAUACCCACAUGUUCAGAAUAUGCUCAGACGUUCAAAGACCACAUGAUUGAUGGGGAGACGCUGCCGCUCCUGUCAGAGGAGCAUCUACUGGACACACUGGGGCUCAAGCUGGGACCAGCUCUUAAGAUCCGCUCACAGGUGUCGAGGCGUCUGGGCAACAUGUUGUACAUGAUGAACCUGCCACUCUCCACCUCCACCCUGCAGGCCACUCCAGAGAAGCCCGGGGACCGCUCACCAGAGACCGGCUCCCCUGUUAACUGCAACAGUGAGGAGAUGAUGGCGAGUCCAAGAGAGCCUGAUGUCCUCAAGUCCACAGAACACCUUCGCGAGACAGAAAACAACUCCCCUCCAUCUGCCAGCAGUGAGACGGCCUGAUCAGUGCUGAUAAUGUGGACAGAUCAAAGCCACGCUACCUGAACCUCCUGCUGCCACAGAUUUGUUUACAUAAUGAUUAACUGGAUUGAAGAUGCUUUUUUUACUAUUUGCUACCCGGGUGUUUAAUGCACAGGUUCACACUAGCUCCAGGUGUCUGCUAAAUAUUUGUAUUUUACAUAUAUAUUUACAUAUAUUUUUAAUAACAACUGUGGUGUGAAACUGAUGUGGAUUUUGAGUUAUGAGAUGAG